AACCUUUCUUCACCCCCCCCCAACUGCCUAUUCCCUAUUCCACAUCGCCUCCCCUUCAUUCUGUUAUUUUUGAUCCCUGCACUUUGAAACAAUAUCCGCCGUUGAAACUUCCUCUCCCUGCGCGCGGCAAUACCCUUUGGCCACCGACCGCCUACUCGCUUUUGGCCAGAGUCAGCCGCCCGCACACUGCCCACAGGAAUUUCCACGUCCUGCCAUUCCGCGAGACAGAGAGACAGAGAGGAAAAGAGAGGCAGUCGACAUGCCGGUCGUCUCUCCGGAGAAGCUUGUCUCCCUGCAGCAGGCGGCCGAAGACAUCAGAAACAUUUGCAUUCUUGCACACGUCGAUCAUGGCAAAACCUCCCUCACCGAUGCCCUCAUCGCUACUAAUGGCAUCAUCUCCCCAAAAUUAGCCGGCAAGAUAAGAUACCUUGACUCGAGACCGGAUGAGCAGCUGCGAGGCAUCACAAUGGAGUCCUCCGCCAUCUCGCUUUACUUUUCGCUACUUCGGAGGUCUCCCCCCGAGGCUAACCCCCAACAAAAGGAGUUCUUGAUAAAUUUGAUUGACUCCCCUGGACAUAUUGACUUCAGCUACGAAGUUUCCACGGCCUCGCGCUUAUGCGACGGCGCUGUUGUCCUUGUAGAUGCUGUCGAGGGUGUGUGCAGCCAGACUGUCACUGUGCUCCGACAGACAUGGAUCGAGAAGCUCAAGCCUUUGCUCGUGAUCAACAAAAUGGACAGGCUAAUUACAGAACUGAAGAUGAGUCCGACCGAAGCGUAUACGCACUUGGGCAAGCUGCUCCAGCAGGUGAAUGCGGUCAUGGGCAGCUUCUACCAGGGAGAGCGAAUGGAAGACGACCUCAGAUGGCGAGAAAAAAUGGAAGAAAAACUGAAUGCGGUUGCAGCUGAAAAGGCUAGCGCCGGCUCAUCCUCGGUCCUUGAGAACGGAGACAGCAUAGACACCUCGAACACUCCCGCUGAGUAUGAGGAGAAGGACGACGAAGACAUAUAUUUUGCCCCCGAAAGGAAUAACGUAAUCUUCAGUAGCGCCAUUGACGGGUGGGCCUUUACUAUAAAACAGUUCGCUGGACUGUAUGAACGGAAGCUAGGUAUUAAACGCUCUGUGCUCGAAAAGGUAUUGUGGGGCGACUUUUACCUAGACCCAAAAACAAAACGAGUCCUUUCAUCGAAGCAUCUCAAGGGCCGCCAUCUGAAGCCCAUGUUUGUGCAGCUAGUGCUCGACAAUAUAUGGGCCGUUUAUGAGGCUACCACAGGAGGUAACAAAGGGAAGGGAGAUCCCGUAAUGGUAGAAAAGAUCACCAAGUCUCUCUCCAUAACCCUCCCAGCACAUAUCCUCCGCUCGCGAGACCCACGUACUCUCCUGACUACGCUCUUCGCAGCCUGGCUUCCCCUCUCUACUGCACUCCUGGUCUCUGUAAUUGAGUACCUUCCUGCUCCGCCUAAAGCCCAGGCCGAUAGGAUGCCCGAAAUUCUAGAUAACUCUCCAGGGGCUGACUUCGUCUCCCCGGAGGUAAUAUCUGCCAUGACCGACUUCAAAACGUCCAAAGACGCACCGGUGGUCGCGUAUGUCAGCAAAAUGGUUGCCGUGCCUGAAAGCGAGCUCCCGCAAAACAAGCGCCGAGGUGGUGCUCUGAGUGCCGAUGAAGCAAGGGAAUUGGGACGAAAGAAGCGUGCGGAAAUUGCGCGCCAACAGGCACUGGCGAACGGUAAUCAGGAUGUCGAAGGUCUCACCGACGCACUUGGUUCUACUAAUGUGAGAGAAUCUAGAACAGAAACUCCAGAAAUAAUGGAAGAGGCGAAAGACGGCGCUGAACAGCUUAUCGGCUUCGCGCGUAUAUACUCUGGAACUCUGAGUGUUGGCGAUGAAGUCUAUGUCCUUGGUCCGAAGUUCACACCCGCGAAACCGCAUGCCUCGCCUGAACCGCAGAAAGUCAAAGUCACAGCGCUAUAUCUGAUGAUGGGUCGCGGCUUAGAACCGCUGACAUCAGUCCCCGCUGGUGUCGUCUUCGGAAUUGGUGGCCUUGCAGGCCAUGUGCUCAAGUCAGGAACGCUCUGUUCGCAACUUCCCGGAUCGGUCAACCUCGCUGGUGUCACCAUGGGCACCCAGCCCAUCGUUCGCGUUGCACUAGAGCCACAGAAUCCGUACGAUCUGGACAAGAUGAUCAAAGGCUUAAAACUACUUGUGCAAAGCGAUCCAUGCGCCGAAUAUGAAGUCCUCCAGAGUGGAGAGCAUGUCAUCCUCACGGCAGGCGAGUUACAUCUGGAAAGAUGUCUGAAGGACUUGCGGGAACGGUUCGCGAAAUGCGAGAUCCAGGCUGGUGCUCCAAUUGUCCCGUAUAGGGAGAGUAUUGUGGCGGCGGCGGAGAUGAAUCCACCGAAAGAUCCAAAUUUACCGCGAGGAACCGUGGUUGGCGUCACCACGAGUAAACAGGUUUCGGUGCGCUUGAGAGUGAGGCCACUACCUGCUACUGUAACAGAGUUCUUGGGCAAGAAUGCUGGAGCUAUUAAGCGUCUAUAUGCCGAACGUCAUGCUGAAGAAGAGCGCCAGAAGAGUGGCGCAGAGACUCCUCCGGAGGGCACCGUUGCCGAAGAUGGCAUGGAAGAGGCCGAACAACUGGAGAUUGGUCAUGUGCUCAGCCUGACGGAAUUCAAGCAACACUUGAAAGAAGCAUUCGAUGAAGCGAAAGGUCAAAAAGAACUAUGGGAUGGAGUGAUUGAAAAGAUCACAGCCUUUGGCCCGAGGAGAGUAGGUCCUAAUAUUCUUGUGGAUGCUUCACAGGGUGGGAUUUGCGGGAAGGCGCUUCGCGAAGCGUCCUCUCACCCAAAUACUGCAAAACCAUCCCCAAACGACCGCGACCUCGCGCCCUCAUCCCUAAUUGACAAAAUCGCCUACACCUUCCAACUCGCCACCGCGCAAGGCCCCCUCUGCGCCGAACCCGUCCAAGGCAUUGCCGUUUUCCUCGAAGACAUCACCAUCGCCAUCCCCCCCUCAGAAUCCACCGCUCCAGACCGAAUAGGUCGUCUCACAGGCGAAAUCAUCAAAACCGUCCGCGACUCCAUCCGCCAGGGUUUCUUAGACUGGAGCCCGAGAAUGCUACUCGCAAUGUAUUCGUGCGAAAUACAAGCCUCAACCGACGUCCUCGGACGUGUCUACGCUGUUCUAACUCGACGCCGCGGCACCAUUCUCUCCGAAACCCUGUCCUCCACCUCCUCAGCCAGCACAACCGGCAACCAAACCUUCACCAUCAACGCACUCCUGCCCGUCGCCGAAUCCUUCGGUUUUUCGGACGAGAUCCGGAAGAGAAGUUCAGGGUCAGCGUCUCCGCAGCUUAGGUUCACAGGCUUUGAGAUGCUAGAUGAAGAUCCGUUUUGGGUGCCGUUUACCGAGGAUGAGUUGGAGGACUUGGGCGAGUUGGCAGAUAAAGAGAAUGUGGCGAAGAGGUAUAUGGAUGGAGUGAGGAGGAGAAAGGGGAUGUUGGUGCUUGGGGAGAGGGCGAGGGAUGCGGAGAAGCAGAAGACAUUGAAGAGGUAGGGGCUUUAGAGAAAGAGUUGGUGGGAGGUGGGUGGUUAGAGUAUAUAUUUGGGGGGUUGGGUUGUUCGGCUAUGGUUUAGUUGUGGUUGCUUUUCAGGCUGUUUGCA